AUGUCCACAUCACAAGGAGUUAACGUACGAUCCAGCUUUCCCAGCUCGCCGACACCGCGGGUACAAGUUUCUCUGAAGCUGCGGGCUGACAGACUACAGGUGCUUCGGUGGUCGGCUUUGGUCGCAGGCAUAUUCUAUGGCUUCUCACACCAAAGAACAAUCAGCGCAAAAACAGCUGCAGCUCAUGCGCAGGCGGAAUACCAACACAAGGUUGAUUUAAUACAAAAGGCCAAAGCGGAAUGGGCCAAGAAGAAUUUGCCUCCCCAAGCGAAGACGGCAAGCGGUGAUAUCAUCACAGAUCCCAACGACAAGAACUUUGACCUCGAAGCAUAUCUCACGAAACUAUCGGCUGAAAGCUGA